AUGCUUUCAGAGGGAAAAACGACUGUCGACACUCUAUUCACUUUGCGUGAAGGUGUUCUUACAAUGUAUUCCAGGAAAACCCUAUGGGUCGAAGGGUGGAAGAGGAUCCAAACCUCGUUGGAAGAUCCAUCGAUGCUCCGUGGAAAAAAGGGCUUCGAUAGAUUGAUCUAUGCAUGCAAAAACGUCUUCAAUCAACCUAUGGCAUGGCUAUUUUGCGACAAGACGACCCAAAUUCUUAGUCCAGACCCGCUACAGCAGUUCUUCCCCACAGCCUUCACCUCGACACCCAUCGUAUCUCAAAAUCUUGCUGUCGUCCAACCAAUUCUCGACGUUGACCCAGAGAUUCUUGCAGAGAAUAACCGUGAAGCUCUGGAGUACUUUGCUACAGAGAGGCGACAUUGUUAA